AUGCCGGUAUACCUCGGAUAUGAUGAUAUGCUCAGGAAACUUGCUACGCCGUUGAGUGCAGCACACAACUCCUAUGGCAAAGACGCUUACGGUAAAGAUGAACAGGGAUUCAAGUUGCACCGAGAAUUCCUUGAUGCGGACAGUCUUUUGGCGUUUGCCGAAAAGCUCGAGAAGGCGACCUGGUUCGAUGAGUCAGACCAAAACAACCACUACAGACACGUUUUGGAAAGUAUCGAGAACUUGAAAAGGCAGUUCACUCACUAUCCGACAAAUGAGAUGGGAGAACUGGCAAGAAAAGCGAACUCCGAAGAAGAUGCCAAGCGAACUGCCGCGCUGAGAGAUGGACCGUUUGAGUCAAUGCCAGUAAACGAAGGCACUGACGCUCCAUCAUCCGGAGAUCUCCUUGACGCGGACACUGAUUGGCCGUCUGUGGACGAGGACGAGGAUGAGGAAUAUGCGGAAUUUCUGAGCAGCAAUUGGGAAGUUGCCGAGAAGAUCAAUGCCUUGUGGAAUACUGAUAAGAUGUAUGUGGUGGAAGUCCCGGGUAAGACAGGUUCAUCGUCAGAGGGUUCCAAGCGAUAUUGGUUGCAUACGUAUGACGGUCGGAAAUACGGGCCGUACGACAACAAAGCUCAGGUAGAGUUCGCACUUUGA